AUGUCUCUUACAACGGCCAUUGGAACUUCUCAGCCAGCAUCAUAUGCACAAACUCAGAUCGAAUGCUUUGCAGUCGAUAACACUCUGAGCGACCGUACCACUGACGUUUGGGGCGGAAACAAAAUGGCGACCGCUCAAAGCACGAACACAACCGGAACGAUAGCCUGGAACAAUGCCUUCGUGCCAUUGACUUUGAUAAUCCCGACAUUCACACUGCCAACUGCUAGUACGGUGGAGGCUGGUACAGUAUCUGACUUGCCUGCUCCUACACAACUUGGUCCUACGAGACCUGCUGAAGCGUCUGGAAAUGUGGCAUCUUCGGCAACAAUUCGAGGACUAGGCUUAUGGUAUUUGCUUCUACUCAUCGCGACGAUUAUUUGUGAAAGUCUAUGA